AUGAAGUUCACAAUCACUGCUAUCGCCGCCAUCAUGGCAUUCGCUCCCCUCAUCUCCGCUGCUCCAGCUCCAGUAUCGGCAAACGAGCCCGAGCUCGUCCGACGCUCAAACACAGGUGACUUGACCUACUAUGAUGUAGGUCUUGGUGCCUGUGGAGUCACCAAUUCUGACUCCGAAUUGGUCGUUGCUAUGUCAGCAGGACUUAUGGGAACCCAGUCCAACGGUAACCCCAACUGCGGAAAAAAGAUCAAGAUCAACUAUGGCGGAAAGUCAGUCACUGUUAAGGUUGUUGAUAAGUGCAUGGGCUGCGCUACAUACGACUUAGAUUUGAGCCCUGCCGCUUUCAAGGCUCUUGCUCCAGAGUCUGCUGGACGCAUCAAGGGAACCUGGUCUUUCGUUUAG